AACAACAACAACAACAUAGACGUCGAUCAUCAAUGUCAUCGAAUGAAUCAAUUUUUUCAAUGAUAUCGAUAUCAUCACCACAAUCAUCUGGUCGUAAUCGUGCCAAUACCGUAUCGGUAAUUGGUGAUAAUCAAUUACUAUCAUCAAAACGAUUUAUUAAAUUUGAUCGUUAUAAAACGGAAUUAUGUAUUUAUAAAUCAGAAAUCGGUGAAUGUCCAUAUGGUGAUCAAUGUUGUUUUGCACAUGGAAUCGAUGAGAUACGACCAAGACCAUUGCAUGAUUGUAAAGAACGUACACAACCAUGUGAAUCAUUUUCAAAGGAUGUUUGUUAUCGUGGUUCAAGUCGUUGCUGGUAUCUUCAUCCAAAACCGGAAUUCAAUCUGGAUCGUUUACGUAAUGAUCUUCAACAUUGGCUAUUUGAUCAUCAAAAAUUUCAACCACAUUUAUUCAUUGAAAAUUCUGAUGAUUGGUUCGAUGAUGAAUGGAAUCCAAUAUUUCAUGAUCCAAUUGAAUAUCAAUCAAUAAUUGAUCAACCAUUCACCGAUGAAGAUGUUGUUGAUUUUGGUGAUCAUGAACUUAAUGAAUAUUUUGAUUUUCAUCGUAAUUAUUAUUCAUUAUUCAAGGAAAUUCUCAAAUCAAUUUGUAUGAUUGAAAAGAAAUCGGAAACAAAUAUAACACAACGGCAACAAGUUAUGAUGUUUGAUGAUGAUAGAUCCAUUGAUAAUAAUCCAACAUAUUAUAAUUGGUCAAAAGCCAAUACAACUGUACCGGAUCAUAUAAUACGUCAUAGUUUUUAUUCAAUUCCUUCAUCACAUUCAUCAACAGUGCAUCGAUUCUGUGAUAAAGAACCAGCAUCAUCAACAACAAUAAAAAAUCCGAAUUUCAAUAAUGAAAAUGAUCAAUUAAUCAAUUCGAAUGGAUCAACACCAAUGAUUGGUGAUGAAUUAUUGUUGUCUGAAAUAUCUCGUCUAAAUUUAAACUAAUAUUACUCUAUUAUAUGCAUUAUCAUGGAAUUUUUUUUUAUAAACAAAUCCAAUGAAAUAUUUGCUGGAAAAAGAAAAAAAAAUUUUCUUUUCUUU